AUGUACAACGCCAAGAAUAUUUCGGCACUGAUGUGCCUCCUCCUCGCCGUCGGCCCUGCUGCCGUCCUCUCGGCCCCUGUUGCUGCGAGGGCUCAGAGCCUGGAGAGUAGACAGACGCACAGCAGCACCGAAGCCAGCUCCGCCAUGAGUGCCGGUAUCCCCGACGGACCCAGCUUCGAACACGGCGCCUGGAGCACCUCCAACUACGAUGAAACCAAUGGUGACGACUGCGACACCGACGGCGAUGGUGACAGCAACGGCAAGACGCAUUACAAGUCCGAAACCGAUGCAGGCGAUUACACCAAUGUCGGCAUCCCGGAUGGCCCCAGCGCUUCCUUCGCGAACACUUUCCAUAACAGCUACGAGUGGGAUGAGGAUAACGACGACCACAACGACCAUGGAGUCCAUCCAACACCUCAACCUUCCCCUCCUGCGCCUCCAGUGACGAAGCCAGAGACUCCCAAGCCUGCGCCCCCCCAGCCCGAGCCUCCUAAGCCUGCUCCCCCUGCUCCCGCUCCCGCUCCUCCAGCGGAGGAACCCGAAAAGCCAACUCCUGCUCCUCCCGCCCCUGCGCCUCCCACAGAGGAGCCCGGGACUCCCGCUCCUCCCGCUAAGGAUCCCUCGACCUCGACUCCUACUCCUCCUGCCACUGCGCCUCCUGCAGAGGAGCCUAAGACUCCCGCUCCUGCUCCUCCAGCUCCCGCUCCUCCCGCUAAGGAUCCCUCGACCUCGACGCCUGCCCCUCCUUCUCCCGCUCCUCCUGCAGAGGACCCCGAAACCUCGACUCCCGCUCCUCCAGCCCCCGCGCCUCCCGCAGAGACCCCCAAGGCUCCCAUCCCGGCCCCAGCACCCGCUCCCCCAGCAGAGAACCCGGCGCCUGCUCCUCCUGCCACCGGUACCUCUCCAAUCCAGCAGCCCUGCACCUGCAGCAACUAG